UCUAAUUUUCUCAUUUAAGGGAAAAAAAGAAAAUUUCCUUUCCCCUGUACAUGUUUGCCUCUCCCUCUUCUAUGAGUCUCCUCGUUGCUCCUGUUCCCUGAAUAAAUUUUUUACCGCAGAUCGAAGGGUCUCAUUUUUCCCUCUCUCCCCAAUGUAGCGUCAAGCUCGGAAGAUCGACUGAGGAAUCGAGACUUGAGAUGGGAAAAAGUGCUGAUGGUCAUUGAGAUUGGAAGGCAGGUAGCGGCGGUACCGCCUUAGCCCAGAAUGAGCCCAUCGACCGCCGUGAGCGUCUCCGCAAGCUAGCCCUCGAGACCAUUGAUCUCGCCAAAGAUCCCUACUUCAUGCACAAUCACCUCUGCAGCUAUGAGUGCAAAUUCUGCCCGACAACGAGGGCAACUUUGGCACAUACACUGGGGACGAAGCGCCAGACCAAUUUGGCCAAGAGGGCGGCACGUGAGACCAAGGACGUCGUUGCUCAUCCCCAGGCCAACAAGCGGAAGGUUGUGUUGUUUCUGAUUUUGACCUGGUGGCCCUCGACUUUAUAUCAGCUUAUGUUUCCUGAGCUCAAAUACUCAAUACGUGCUUCUCACAAAAGCCUGAAGUCCGAAGCUGGAAUGUGUUGAGCAACAACCUGAGGAGAAGAACAAACCAAUAGCAUAUGAAGAUCAGCGGACAAAUAGAAAAGAUGAAACUCUCAAGAACAAACCUCCUACCGUGCAAUCGACCAGUAUUGACCAACAUCAAGGUUAGAAGGAGUAGCUAUAACGAUAAUUUAUACACAUGACAAACUGCAAUGAAGCAAUCUUUAACGCAAUCUUCAAUUAAUCAAUAAGAAAUCAAGUUGUCAACAAAAAAGAAAAGAUUGAGGCUGCUGUCCACUGCCUAUAGUAUCGAGGUCCACGAUUUCCAGAACCAGAUGGCCGGGGUCAAUGUUCGGUUCAACAUGGGGAUGGCCGGAUGGGAAUUCCUGAUUUGCUUCCACUGCAGCCGACAAUGAUAUCUUCUUCUAAUAGCACCUUCAUAUCUACAGGCAACCAAAAUCCUUUCCUUGAAGAAGAAGAGAAGAGAGUGCCAAAUCGAGGAUGAAAUAAAUUAGUAUUAUUUUUGCGAGUGUUGUUCUCUCGAGAAGUGGAAAAAGAGGAAGAGACUAUGAGUAUAGCGGUCAGGUUUAGUAGUUUCCUUGUAGGGGACGUAUGGGAAUAUCAAAGAGGAGGGGGAGAAUGUAAAAAGUCGGUCAAAAUGAUAUGAAGAGAGGGAGGUUUGGUAGUGCAAUCAAAGUGGAAAUUCAGAUAAAAUAGUUAUUACGAUAAAAUAAUUAUAUAUAUAUAUAUAUGUUAAUGUAAGAAAGGUGAAUGGAUAUUUUAUCAGGAGUUGGGGAUUUGAUCAUCAAAAUUCGAGUAAUGCCAUCCAUUCAAAUGGAGCAAUGGUAUUCAUUCUUCCCCUAUUGUCUCGGAGUAUAUAUAGAUCUGGUAAUUUUUUGAAGAAGAAAGGAAUAAAAUCUUGAUGUAACCAAAAAAGAAUAAAAUCUUGAGUUAAUGUCAACUUAAAUUUUCAGAGGGACAGAGACAUAAAAAAUAAAAUAAAAUCAGAUUUUCUCAACUAAUAUCAUUAAUCGAAUUGCUAUUUUUAUCUUUCUUCUUUCACAAAAAGUGCAAUCCUCUGCAUUUCUACAUUAUAAAAAGAAAAACAUAACGUGACUUUCAUAUUUUUCAAUGAUAAAGAAAAAACCGUAAUAAUUCGCAAUUCACUUGUCUCGCCUAUGGGCUCCGUAAAACCUCACUCUUUGGGAGCCUUUCCAUUGAAAUUUAUUUAUUUAUUUCUUAGAAAAAAAACACUGAAAAUGACAUGAGUAUGUGGAACAAAUUGCCAUUAAAUAAUUAUAAGCAUGUAAUAUUGGAAUCACAAAGAAAGUAAAAAUGAUACCUUUAUUUACCCGAUAGAUGAUAAAAGAAAUUUGGUGAAAGAGAUUUGAUGAAAACUCAGACAUAUCUCGAAUGAAACUCGAAAUGAUCAUGAAAAGUAAGUAACAAAAUGGAAGCCAUCGAGCAACUGCCUCCUAUCAGAAGAAAGAUAAAGAGAAAGAGUCAUUACCCGAUAAUCUAGCACUUGGAAAUAGCAGUGUUGGCAGCAAGGCGACGAGGAAGCAAGACCAGUAGAUGGAAGACAACCGGUGAAUUGGCAAGUCGGAACUGGUCUGAGAAUGAUUUUCUAUGGUGGGGUGUUUCACUGUUUGCAAAAUGAUACUUAUCGAAGAUCGUUUACAAGAGAAAAUUCGCUUUCAACGUUGGGUUUACCCUCGGGGGCCGAUGGGGAGGAGGCAGUUUUUUUUUUUUUUUGGCUCGAUGGGGAGCAAACAGUUGAAACUCACUAUUUAUGGUCCUAUAUAUUUAAACGGGCACUUUUUUUGGAUAGUUAUUUGAGCGGACACUUUGCUUCGAUUCUUUUGUUUGUUUCUCUUUUAAGGGCAUUUAGAUUUUUGAGUAGUUUUACUCAAAAAUCAUCUUGGUAAGAAAAACUAAAAAAUAAGUUCGAAAGUUCGAACAAUGCAUACAAAUUAAAAUAAUGUAAUGAAAAAUAUUGUCCUUUUAGAGUGUCAAAAAUCAAAAGGGCUUGUCAAAAGGCUUUUCAAAAUGGCACAAUUAUCUCUAAAUGAAAAAUAUCGGUAAGGGGUACAAUAACUUUUCGAUGAAAAUGCAAAUGUACAUUAAAUAUGGGGGUACAAUAGGAAUUACAAAAAUAGAGAAAGGUAAAAGAAAGGGUAAAAUGGAAAAUAAUAAAUGUGAAGAAUCCAAAGUUGAGCUCCACGCUUUUUUAUUUAAUAUAGAAGUGUAGACGGACAGGCAUAGUUAUAGAUUCACUUCCCAUUGUAUCUCUUUUUUCUCUGUUUCCUUCAAAAAAAAAAAAAGGAAAGAGAAGCCAAAGAAAUUCAAA